AUGCAUUCAAAAUUAUACCAGUGUAGUUCUAGUGACAAAGAGAAAGCAAAGUACUUGGUUUGGACAAAUGAAAUGGACAAGUGCCUUACUGAGGUACUCGCUGAGCAAGUGAAAAAGGGGAACAAAAUGGAUAACAUGUUGAAGCCAGCAGCAUUUGCAGGUGCACUGAAAACAUUGAAAGAAAAUUAUGGUAUGUAUGUCACAAAAGGACACAUAAAAAAUCGACUGAAGACAUGGAGGAAGCAGUUUGGGGUUUUAAAAGAACUCCUUGCUCAAAGGGGAUUUAUAUGGAAUGAGACAAAAAAGAUGGUUGUUGCAGAUAACACUGUUUGGAAUGAUUACAUCAAGGUGCACCCUGAUGCAAAGAGUUUCCGAGAAAAAUCCAUAGAAAACUAUGACCAAUUAUGUACGAUCCUUGGAAAUGAACAAGUAAUUGCAAACUUUUCAGACAAUGUUACUGACACAGAUGUAAACUCUGCCAUUGAUAAGAGGGAUCCAGAUCUGGCUAUUGUGUCUGAAACACAAACUGAUGGAAACCAGACCAAAAACCUCAGGUGGACAGUUGAAAUGGACCAUUGGCUGGGAAAGAUUCUUGUAGACCAAGUGAAGAAAGGGCUUAAAGUAGAUAAAGUUUUGCUGACAGAAGCAUAUGAAGCGGCUGUUUCAGUCGUAAAUGCAAAAUUUGGGCUUCAUCUAACAAAAUUCAAUAUUAAAAAUCGUCUUAAAACUUGGAAGAAACAGUAUGAACAGUUAAAGGAAAUUCUGUCUCAUACUGGAUUUAAGUGGGAUGCAACAAAGAAAAUGAUCAGUGCAAAUGAUUCUACAUGGAAUGACUACAUCCGGGCUACAAUAUCAUGGCUACCGUUGCACCCUCUUCGCAUCUCAAUGUCGAUCCCCCUCUUGUCUACCAUAUUCCCGUCAAUUGAAAAUUGGAUUGUAAUGAUUAUACCACAUGGGCUUGAGAAAUCAAUUGAUAGAUCAUUAAAGUAG